AUGCUUAGCUUUGAGGAAGGGUGGUCUUACAUGCAGGAAGGUAUUACCAAGAUGACAAAAAUUCUAGAAGGAGAGCCUGAACCACAAUUUACAUUUACACAAUAUGUGGAUCUUUACAGGUACCUGUAUGAAAAGUAUCGCCAAGUAAUUGAAGAUUAUACUAUCCAAACUGUGUUGCCGUCUUUAAGAGAGAAGCAUGAUGAAAAUAUGUUAGAAGAGCUUGUUAAGAGGUGGAAUAAGCAUAAUGUUAUGGUUAAAUGGUUAGCAAGAUUCUUCUAUUAUCUUGACCGUUACUUUGUCCCUCAGCAAGCCUUUCCAACACUGACAGAAGUUGGUUUGACAUGCUUCCACGACCUGGUUUAUCGUGAGAUGCACUCCACAGCCAAAGAAGCUGUAUUAGCACUUAUUCAUAAAGAACGGGAGGGCGAAGAGAUUGAUAAGAAACUAGUGAAAAACGUCUUAGAUAUCUAUGUGAAGAAUGGGAUGGGAAAUUUGGAAAAAUAUGAAGACGAUUUUGAAAGCUUCUUGCUUCAAGAUACUGUUUCUUACUAUUCUUGCAAGGUGUCAAGGUGGAUCGAGGAGGAUUCUUGUCUUGAUUACAUGCUAAAGUGUGAGGAGUUUCAAAGAGAGGAGAAGGAGAGAGUCACUCACUACCUCCAUUCAAGCACUGAACCCAAACUAGUUGAGGCAGUGAAAGAUGCAUUUGAAAUCUUAAAGAAGGAUGGAGGAAAUGAGAAGCUCAAGUGACGAAGUAUUAAAGAUACCCUUAAUUCAUGAAAUGUUUUCCUUCCAAUUCAAUAGGAUUUGCUAUUCAUCAUUUUUUUUCUUGUUUCACUAGCAUAUUGA